GCAUCGUUGGGUGAUACCGCGCAACAAAGAGGGCUGCCGAUCGCCCAGCGUCUAUCGGCUUCGCCUGCGAAGCCCGCCGCCUUGCCCCCCGUCCUUUGUAUCCGUCCUUUAUGUUCAGCCCAGAUGCGCCUUUUUAAUAAGUUUCACGCGGUGUGCGCCUUGGCCGUCUGCAGCAUCCUGUUGUCGGCCUCCUUUCUCGCCUCUCAGCAUUACUACCGCCGGGUAGUCUUGCCAAAUCAGCCGACGUCGGAAUUUCGCGCCACGGCAUCUUUCGACCGCCGCUUAGUCGUCUUCGGUGACUCGUGGAGCGACAACAAUGCCGCCGAGCUUCAGGGAUCCGUAUGGACGGACUGGCUUUGCAUGUCGUUCUCAUGUCACCACGAGAACUUAGCAGAGACAGCCAAGUCUCUGAGCGGAAGCUACAUUGGUUCCGUGGUGGAUAACACAGAGCUCUCGGGCUCCUUACUCAACCUCUACAAGACCCCACUCGCAGAUCUGAAGGCCCAGAUCGCCAAUUGGAUCGCGGCCGAGACGGAAGCCACAAGAGAGAUGGACGGCGAAGCGAUUGGCAUACGUCAAAAUCGCACCAUCGUGAUCGUCUCCUUUGGUGUAUGGGACCUGUGGAACGUAAUCGGGAAGACGUACGAAGACGCAUCCAAAGCGGUUGACCGCAACGUUGGAGUCAUCAUGGAUCAGCUCAAUCUGCUGGCCGAGACCUGGGGCAGCAACGAGCUCCGAAUCAUUCUGACGUUGGCCCCAGAUGUAACCUUCCUACCAGCCUAUAGGGCUCAGGGGGAACCGCAGAUUACCAAACACAAAGACGCCAUCAGGGUCAUGGAGCACUGGAAUGGCGAGCUCCGCAAUUCAGCCGAAGACUGGACGAACGGAACGAUUUAUUUGUUCGACACCAAUUCUUUCUUGGCCGACCAGAUCCGCGACUGGCAACUCUUUGCCGCAGGGAUCGAGGAAUCGAAUGGACUGGGCAAGAAUGAGGAUCCCGGGUGGGAGAAUGUCGAGGACGCAUGCGUCCAAAGCAGCCAGCAAUGGGUGAUGACGUCAGACACGUCAGAAUGCGACAGUCCGGAGAAAUUUUUGUUCUGGAACGAUAUGCACCUUGGCCCCUCGGCGCAUAGGCUCCUGGGCGCGGAAGUGUUCCAUGGUAUCGAAGAGAUGUGGCUCGGGUAAAACUUUUCCUAGCGAUCAAAAUAACAGAGCAAAAAAAAUUUUUCAAAGCGCCGCCGAUAGGGUUCUCGCCUUACCACUUAAUCGUAAUUUCGCCGUGGAUGAA